GUCAUUAGGGUUUUCGCGGCUAGAAAGACGACUCGGAGAGAGAGAGGAGAAAAUGGUGAAGUUCCUGAAGCAGAACAAGGCCGUGAUCCUCCUUCAAGGUCGGUACGCCGGCAAGAAGGCCGUGAUCAUCCGCUCCUUCGAUGACGGCAACCGCGAGAGGCCGUACGGUCACUGCCUCGUCGCCGGAAUCAAGAAGUAUCCGGCGAAGGUCAUCCGCAAGGACUCGGCGAAGAAGACGGCGAAGAAAUCUAGGGUUAAGUGCUUCGUCAAGCUCGUCAACUACCAGCACCUGAUGCCCACUCGUUACACCCUCGACGUGGAUCUGAAGGACGUCGUCACGAUCGACGCGCUCCAGUCCAAGGACAAGAAGGUCACUGCUCUGAAGGAGGCCAAGGCCAGGAUGGAGGAGCGUUUCAAGACCGGGAAGAACAGGUGGUUCUUCACCAAGCUCAGGUUCUGAGAAACAAAAACGGCUACUAUGUGUUGUUUUUGGAAUCGAACCGACCUUGGCUUUAUUUUUAUAUUUUCGAAUUUACAGCGCACUGUUUUAGUUCUAGAGAUUCUAUGGAGAGAAUGUUGGCCCUUGUUUUGUUUCAUGAAGACCUUUCUUAUCUGGAAUCUCUUCUGGAUUUUUCUUUAUGUUACUCAUUUUGAUUUUCGUUGAAACUGAAUCGAUUGGCAAAUGUCUGGAAUUUUGCAA